AUUGAACGAAACAAAACGCAUAUUACAAAAACAAAAUGAUUAAGAAGAAACUGACUACGGUACUUAAGGAGAUUGGACACAAAUUCAAAGAACAAUUUGGAUUUGAAAUCCAAGAUGUUACAUUUUCAAAGGUCGUACAAUAUCUACAUGAACCCAAGGACGCUUCGAGUCUUGCUGUGACUAGAAUAUUAUUCGGCCUGGCGAUGCUGUUCGACAUUCCGGACGAGCGCGGCGGCGCCGUCAUGGAGCGGCGUUGGGGCGACAUCACCACUUGCCACUUCCCCCUACUACCAUUUCUGCACCCAGCGCCGCUGCCUUAUAUGGCUGUCGUAUACGCGGCCAUGUGGAUUGGUGCUGUAGGCGUAAUGGUAGGAUACAAGUAUACUACAUCAUCUGCUUUGUUCACGCUUUGCUUCUGGUACUUGUUGCUGAUAGAGAAGAGCUUCUGGAACAACCAUAGUUAUUUGUUUGGACUGGUCUCUUUACUGCUGUGUUUCACCGACGCAGCAUGCUAUUGGUCAUUAGAUGCAUACUUUGACCCGCUAAAGAAGAAAGACACAGUUCCUUAUUGGAACUAUUUUAUCUUAAAAUACCAGUUUUUCAUCCUUUACUUUAUGGCUGGCCUCAAGAAAAGUACCGCCGAAUGGUUGACUGGAUACUCUGUGCAGAACCUCAGCGAGCAUUGGGUGUUUACACCGUUUAGGUUAUUUCUGACAGUGCCUCAGAUAGAUUUUCUGGUGGUACACUGGUUCAUUUUCGCGUUCGACCUCACUGUAGCUGCGUGGAUGAUGUGGGGACGCACGAGACACGUCACCAUGAUCUUCUGUGCUCUCUUCCAUUUGAUGAACAGCAGACUCUUCAGGAUUGGUAUGUUCCCUUGGGUAUGUCUAGCUACGAUGCCAUUGUUCUACCCAUUCGAUUGGCCAAAACUAACAUUGCAAUUCGUAAAUACACAUAUACGGUAUAUAAAAAGUAAAUUAUGUUGUAAUAUAUCACCUUAUACAACACAAUUUAAAUGUAAAAUGGAUAGUUAUGAUUUGAAUGCUUACGACGAAUGUUCGUGUUCAGAUGAAUUACUAGAAGAAAACAUAAGCAAUGAUUCAAUGAAAGAGACUACGAGAAAAGAUACGGAGAAAAAUGAGGACAACAUCCAUAAAAGUGGGGAGAAUAAUAAAGAUCUUGUUCAAGCAUUUUUAGACGGUAAAGAAUGUAAUUGCGAUCAAAAGGAUGAUGAAACUGAUCAAGAACAACAGCAGUCGAAAAAUUCAGAUUCGGUGAAAAAUUUUACAGUGCUCAUGAUAAUGUUUCAUAUUGUCACCCAAGCGUUUCUACCAUUUUCACAUUUCAUUACCAAGGGUUAUAACAAUUGGACCAAUGGUCUUUAUGGCUACUCCUGGGACAUGAUGGUGCAUACCUGGGAGCCACAUUCUAUCGUCAUCAAAAUCGUCGACAAUGAAAAAAACCACGAGUUCUACAUCGACCCUCACUUGUUCGCGCCCAACGAGAGAUGGAGUAGACACGGAGACAUGAUCUACCAAUACGCACACUGUUUGAGAAACAACAUUGUGCAAUCGAGAAAGAAAACUGACGGUCGAAUAUCUGAAAAUAUCUCGAUUUACGUAGACGUUUGGUGCUCAAUGAAUGGUAGAUUUGCCCAACGCAUGUUCGAUCCAAAAGUGGACAUGUUGAAAGCAAAAUGGUCCCCAUUCGAGCCUGUUUCAUAUCUGAUGCCUGUUUUAGAUGAAGCUUUGAAUUGGCGUACUGUUUUAGAUAAGAUCAGAGAAGAAAUACACGUUUGGAAUAACUAUAGCGACGUAUCCUUUUAUGCUGAUUUUCCUGGUUAUAACCAAGAGAAAUUCAUACCCAAAGAACUUCAUAAUGUCACGCUCAGUGUAUUAGAAGGUAUUGUAGCUUACGAGCCAGAGAUGACUGAACUUUUCAACGGUCAAUCAAUUAAACUCGAAACAGGGGAAAGCGUCAAGAUAAAAUCUGGAACUUUCCACAAGGUCAUCAACAUCGGCGAAUCCUACGCAUAUUAUAUGUACACAUUCUUCAACUCGACAGAAAUGGCAGUCGGCAAUGUAAGCGAAGCGCCUAAACCUAAGUUGCCUAUAGGUGCUGAAUUAGUUCGGCGAUUCAACAACAUGAUCGCAUUCGUUGCUAGUGAAUCUUACUCCCCUGAUGCUGGCUCUAUGGCAUAUAUUACAGAAAUCGCCCCAUUCCCCAUCGGGCCUACCGACCAAUGUAAUGAGCCUAUGAAACUAGUGCACAUGUGAGGGAAGAUGCGUCCCAUCGCCACAAAUAUACUGUUGCACAAAAAAUUAGGUCACUUUUUUUUUAAUAAUUCUUAUUUAUUGCUAAAUAAAUAAUAGCUCGAUGCCGUAGAGGAUAAGCGCCGCGGCCCCAGAUCUUUGUUGUUAAGCUAUGUGUAUUGAAAUAUGUAAUUUACGAUAACAUAUUUCAAUACACAUAACAACUGAAAGAAAUUUUUAAAUAGAUACAGUAAUUCCGGAACCUAUUCCAUGCAAACAAACAAUCAAAUCUAUCCUCUUUAUAAUAUUAGUAAUGCUAACUAAUCUAUACUAAUUGAGUAUAGGCAACCAAACAUACUAUCUCAUACUUCAUUGAGACAUAUCUUCCAUCACAUUUGCACCGACCCUUGAAAUCUUUAUUGUAUUUCUUGAAGUAUCUUGAGCCUGUACGGUGUGUCCGGGUAACGCAUCCUGACUAUAUGCCGCACCUCCUCGCACGUGUAAUGCUCCUGCACCUCCUUGUCACGGAGCCACAGUUCAGAUAACUCUUGCAGCUGGCCGUUCAUCAACACACGCAGUUUGUUGAACUUCACCCAAGCACUGAUUUUACUCACGACAUUUUCAUUCGGUGACUGAAAAUUAAUAUACGUUGAAAAUAAUAUAAGUACUAUAACAAUAGAGGAUCGGACAACACUUAGAUAAAAAAAAAUCGUGUGUAGUUAAACAGUGCGUUUUAAGAUUAUAUAUACGUCGAAUUCUUUUACUAAUAAUAACAGUGAUUUAUAUUUUUAUAAUAAACAAAAUUUUUCUUUUUGUAGUCUGUUUCACGUCAAAUAACACGCCUCACCACCUCGUCAUUCGUGGGGGCAAAUUGGUAGUAGUCUAUCUAAUAAAAUCGCGGGAAAGAGUCAGUUAAAAUUAAUUUUAAUGAUAAAAUAAAUUUUUAACAAAUUACAAGGGUCAUUUGGAUAACAUUUUUUAUAUUCAAACUAACAAAUAAAUAAAACACUAAUCAUCCUAAAGGUACUGCGGUAUUAAAGGUGCUGCUCAAAAAUCUUGUUGUACCUUAGUUCAAGAACACAAACAGUAGAUAUAUAUGGUGCGAAGUCGUCGGGGUCUCAUGUAAAAAUAGAAAUGGGCCAUUUCUAUUUUUAAUAUAUGUCAAUGAUUUACCAUCUUUUGUUAAAAACUUAAGUGUAUUGUGCUGUUUGUAGAUGGCACUUCAUUGAUAUUAAACAUUGACAGAAAUAAGUAUAAUUUCGACGAAGUAAACAAUACUUUCUCACAAGUUGUCUUAUAUUAUAGUUAAUAACCUUAAUUUGAAUGCUAAAAAUAAACAAAUGUACAAAAUUCACUUCAUCUAAUGAAAAGUAGAACAUUUAGAGUAGGUUCAACAAAUAUUUUUGGGCAUAACACUAGACUCAAAACUGAAAUGAAUCCCGUACAUUUCUAUAUUAGCUGGUAAAGUCAGUUCGGCUACAUAUGCCAUACGAAAAAUAAGAUAAAUACCCGAAAUAUAAUUUGCCCGGAUAGUGUGCUUUAGUUAUUUAUACAGUAUUAUGUCCUGUGGUAUUAUGUUGUGGAGAACGGCAGCCGAUUUUGAGUCUAUAUUUGUUUUACAAAAAAAGAGCUAUCUAUCAAUUAGGCUCACGAACAUCUCUCAGAGACAAAAAUAAAGAAAUCGGAAUAUUGACUGUUGCAUCUGAGUUUAUAUAUAAUUAUACAUAUACUUUUGUCCGGAACAAUAUUAAUAUGUAUACUUAGCACGUGCACAAAUUUAACACUAGAAAUAAAAGUAAUGCCUUUUUAUAGGUUACAGAAGAUAUUAAGUAGGUUUGUUCAUGGGUCAAUACACGCAGUACUUUAACAAGAUCAUCAGUGAUAUGUUAGAUUUGCUUAUCAUUUUAAAAGUCGUAUUAAAAUUGUCUACAAAGUGAAAGAUAUUAUACCUAUAAAGAAUAUAUAUAAAUAACAAAAAGGCAUGGUGUUAGAUAUUUUAACCUGAUAUAAUCAUAUCAUUGCGUAUUUUAUGCCGUGUCCUGCGGCCAUUGAUUGAUGUUUUAAAACUGACUUCCUUAAUCCACCACAUAAGUCCUAGAGUAGGCAUGCUCUCUUA